AAGGUUGUUGUCAGGUGCCCAGGCUGGCCACGACACUCUAACCUUCGUGAUAAAGUGAAAAUUUUCGUAGUUGAAGCUUCUAUAUUCAUUGGUGUCGUAUUUGAUUAAAAUGCGAGUGAAUGACCGUUAGUACAAACUAAUUUAGAGAUCUUGAAAACUGAAUUAUUUAUGUUUUUAGCGUGACUGUAGUCAGCAGAGGAGGUAAACAGUGUUGGUAAGUGAAGGUGAUUCACUAUAUUUUAUAUACUUUAUUCGAGUGUAGACAGUGUAUUGUCUUGAGUAUGAACAGUAUAUACUAUUUCGGGAAUGCAGACAGUAUGUGCUAUUCUGAAGUGUGAAAAAUAUAUAUAUUAUUGGAAGCUAGAAUAACGAAUAAGUAUUACGAACAGUGUAUACCGUCUUCAGAUGUACAUAACACAGCCUGUGGGAGAUGUACAACAAUGAGUAAGGACAGUAAACCAGAAAAAAGUUUUCCUGAAAGGCUGAAACGAUGGUUCAAAAUCGAACGUGGAAAUUUACCUGGCUGCCGAUAUAUAAGACUAACAGAAGAGCUAAAGACGGAACUUAGUAAUGAGUCGCCAGUGCCUGUUCGUCUGAAAGCAAUCAGAGAAUUAACCGAAGUGCUUGCAUCUAGGAAAAUGGCAGAAUAUGGGAUUGAGAAGCUAUGGAUCCUUGUACAGGACUUGCUGGCCCUGACCUGUCCAUCUGAGCAACGCCAUACUACAUUACAAAUGCUCACCACUCUUGCAGCUGGACAUGAUCGUUUAGGACCAAUGCGACAUGUCUUCUUUAACUACAUUUCAGACAAUUAUCAGCAUGAAGAUAGUAAACCUAUUUUUGACUUCUUCCGUGAGGUGAUAGCUGAGGGAAAGCAACUAGAAUACAUCGAUGAGUAUGUUGGCCCUUUUCUGCUGGAGUGGCUUCCAGGACUUUUAGCCUCACCACAAGCUGCUGAUGCUCUCAACCUUAUAAUUAUUCUAGUCAAGUUCAAUUCAGCUUACUUGGAUGAGCCAGUCGUUACUGGCUUUGUCAAGCAAGUAGUUCUUCAGCUUCACAGAGCAAACAGCGAGUCAGAAGCGUUGCUGUGUUUACGUGUCCUCGAUGCUGUGCUUGCAUACAGUUACCUUCCUUCUUCUGCACUGCCUAGUUUCAUUACAGCUCUUACAAGAGCUGUUGGUGUGCCUCAGCUCACUUCUGAAGCAUGGAAGAUCAUGCGUAACCUCCUUGGAACACAUCUUGGCAAUAGUGGGCUCUACGUGCUGUGCCAUUUAAUUCAGAAUGACAACAGUGUUUUUUUGGUGCGUGGAGCAAUCUUCUUCCUCACAUCAGCAUUGUGGGGGGGCAAUAAGGUGACAUCCCUUGACUACAAACCAGCAGCAGUGCUUCCAACAUUCCAAGUGGCUGCCAAAAAUGGUCAUGUAUUAGUGGUUUAUGAAGUAGCUUUAAGUAUUCAAAAACUUGUGUCCAAAAUGUAUAUGGAGCUUCAUUUGUCCUCAUGGAAUCUUGUUCUGGACACCCUCAGCAAACUUUUUGAGCAUGCAGUUGAUAUGGAGGAAGGAAAUGAAAAACAAACUAUUCUGGCAUUGUUAAAGGACAUAUUGGAUGCUAUUGAGCAACUUAUUGACUUGCACCAGUUUGGUGGGUCAGCUGACAAGUUUUUUGCACUUGUUGGUCUUUAUUCAGAUCUACGUCCGGAAUUGUCUGUUCUUCGUCUGCUUGACCACCUGGCGCAAGGUGUGGUUCCCUACCGUCCCCAUUGGUUGGCCAACUUGGGUACACUUCUCAACCGAUAUUACUGUCGUGAUCGUAGACCAGGUGUCAGGACUAAAGCACUAGCAAUUCUUGCAGACGUUUACAACAUUAACAGACACAUGUAUGGAACAGAAAUGGUAAGAAAUGUGAUUGCUAUUCAGAUGGUAGGCAUUGAGGCUGAGCAGGAUGUUGGAGUGCGAACUGCUGCAGUCAACUCUGUCAUUUGCCAUGACCAAAAUUCGGUUGUUGUGCCAGAUAUACUUACAAUGCUGGAAAAGAUUGUAAUGGCACCCUACUUAAGAGACGGUGAUUGUGUUCAGGUCAUCAAGGAAAGUGAAGCUGCAGAUAUCAUUGCUGCUGUUGCGGGCUUGAUACGUAUCUUUAAGAAAAAACUGUGGGAACUUCCUUCUUCCCAUGCUAUUCAGGCAUACGGCAUUUUGCUUGCAUGUUUAGAACAUCAUUAUCGUAAUCAAAGUGUUCUUCAUGGAGUGUCCAGAGUUAGAAUGAAGAUCUUUGAAAUGAUAUUUGAAAUGAGAGCCAGUUCUAAGUACCAACUAGGGUUUCCAAGGAACUUCGAUAAAAGUGUUCAAGAAGAAGAAGAAGAUUCAGUAACAUCACUGCUUCCUCCAUUCUCUCCAUACAUAGUUGUAGAUCAUAAACAUGGACAACGGCUUUAUGAGGCUCAGAAAGAAAGAGAGCAACAGCAAUUUGAUAUGUAUUCACCAACAGGUGGCAGGAACGAUGUGACUAAAGAGGAAGAGGAUGCAUUUCGGAAGGAGAAUGUAGCAGUACCAGCAGGGUCACCAUCAGCAUCACAAGUUGAGGUUACUCAUCUCUCAUUAACCCAGGCAGCCAUGACUGUCAUAGUAGCAAUGAAAAAGGAAAAAGACUGGGAAGUUCUUCGUAUGAUUCUUGAGCGAGUUCCUCAAGUGCUUCUGAACAAGGCUCUCAUUCUUUCCCGGGAUGGCAAUGACAUCGACUAUUUUGCAGCUGCACUUUGUGCUUUAGUAAUCAAGUGUUUAGAAUUAGGUGUACUAAGUCGGUGUGCAGGUCCAUUCUGUGUGAGUGCCCUAACCUUGUGUGUGUUGGAGAUGAGAGACUCAAUGAUCAGAUUACUGCGAGAGGUUAUGCUAAAUCUUUCAAAAAUCACUGCUACUGUUCAGAAUGCACACCCAAUCUUGGAGUUUCUUUCAACUCUUCUCCAUUUGCCAAAAGUGUAUGCAAGCUUCGUGUCUGACCAGUAUAUGUCAAUAUUCGCCAUAGCCAUACCGUACACAAAUCCCUUCAAGUUCAAUCACUACAUUGUCUCUCUUGCCUACCACGUCAUUGCUAUGUGGUUCCUCAAGUGCCGAUUGCCAUUCAGACGGGCAUUUGUCUCUUUCAUAGCUAAGGGCCGAGGAGGAAAAGGUGAUGCUGACAUGAUACAAUAUCAUAAUGACUUGCUGGAGACUUGUAUUGACCUGAUGUCUCGGUAUACAUAUGCUUCUUGUUCUCCUCACUAUACAAGGGGUCCUGUAGCUGAGAUGCUGGUGUCAGGAGGUCAAGACCAAACCUGGAUGGUGGGCAACAAGAUCAUAACCAUCACAACCUCGGGAUGUUCACAAAGGCCUAUGCGAAAUGGUCUAUGUGACAAGUGUUCACAACUCUGCACACUUGAGAACAAGACUAACACUCGUACACCUGUAUUCACGCCUGGCAGCACAAACGUCAACCGCAGGCGUCACCGUUCAGAAUUGCACAGGACAAUAUCACAUGAGGCCAAAUAUAAACCCCAGAGUAAAGAUGACUUGCACAUGCGUUCUGUAAAGAGAGACAGCGGUGAUGGCUUGACACCAUUAAUUGACCAAGAUACUGAUGUGGGAUGGACAGGUGGAGGAUUAAAUGAACCGACUGAUGGGGAAGCCUCUGUUGAUCAUCUGGUUUUUGGCAGUAGUGUUGGAACCUGGUGCUACUACCGAGCAGUGACAACAAGAAAAAGGAGCCUCAUUUGUGUGCCUGUUGGUGCCCAGGAUGGGCAGAAAUAUAUGUUAGGCAACCCACUGUUUGGCAGGUUUGAAUUCGUGACUGGAGGAAGCAGUAUUGGGUCAACGUCUCCACCACCUAUCCAGUCUGCCCGAGUGCGCCACACCUCUGCCUACCAAACAAAAAAUAGUGGAAGCAGUAGCAACAUCUCCUCAAACACUGGCAUUGUGGGUACAUCAAAUACUGAUGGGGUAGAUGACAGCUCCCCCCGACCCAUGCGAAGAGACAGAGGGCAUACUAUCUCUGACAUGAAUCCUGCCUCUCGUAAAAUGCAUGGAAGAGCACCAGCUUCGUCUAGAAAAAGGAAUGCAAGUAAAGAAGCUAAAGGAGGUGUCACACCAAGCUUUGUGUUCCUUCAGCUCUACUAUGAAGGAACUUUUGUAGUAGACAAGUCCUCGCCACUCUUACUUCCAACUUAUCAACCUGAGAUACAGCGGGCAAUGAGAGUACUUGACCUUAUGAGACCUCAAGAAACUCACAAAAUAGGGGUAUUGUAUGUGGGUCAAAACCAGACUACAGAGAAGGAAAUCUUAAGGAAUUCCUUUGGUUCUCUCCGUUAUGCACUUUUUCUUCAGGGUUUAGGUUCAGUACUUGAGUUGAGUUCUGUAUCACAAGAGGAAGUGUUCCUUGGUGGUCUAGACACCAAGGGUAAUGAUGGCCAGCUGGUUCAUGUAUGGCAUGAUGAUGUUAUGCAGGUUGUUUUUCAUGUUGCAACACUAAUGCCAACUAAGGAAUCAGACCCUAACUGUAAUGGAAAGAAACGUCACAUUGGCAAUAAUUAUGUUACAAUUGUUUAUAACGAGAGUGGUCAUCCUUACAAUAUUAACACCAUAAAGGGUCAGUUCAACCACACAGUUGUAGAAAUAGUUCCUGCAGAUCACUCCACUAAUAGUGUUGGCCUUUUGUGCCGACCAGAGCUGAUGGAGUUUGUUGGAGGAGGGGGUAAUCCCAGGCUAGUUUCAGAUACUAAUCUUCCUAUCCUGGUGAGACAGCUGGCUCUUCAUGCUGAUCUUGCAUCAACAAUUUGGGAGUCAUUGAAUCGUCCACCUUACAAACCAUAUGCUAGCAAUUGGCUGGAGAGAUUGAGGAAGAUCAGAAAAAUCCGCCAGAUGGUGCUUGAAGAAAAUGAAGGACACCAAAACUCGUACACUAUGGAUUUCACUGACUUGACAGACCCAGAUAGGGUAAAGAGUGGAGGUGAUGGAUAUUGGCAUCAUAUCUUAAGUUGAGGGUAGAGAGAUUUCUGAAGUAAAUACUAGUGCUCAAAUAGUGGCUCUGUUAGUAAAGGUUUGCAUAAUUUAUGCAAGCUAGAAUGGAGAUUCAUUCAUGAAAUGAAUGUAAGCACUGGGUUGUAAAUAAAAACGUAUGUGGCCAGUAAGUGGUUGCACAAAUCUGUUGAAACAAGCAUUUUAGUUGUGUGAUUUACAAAAUUAUUUUUUUAAUUUUGUUUAUUUUUUUGUUUCAAUAGCUUGUAAAUUUUAAUUUGGUAUUUGUCUGUCUGGAAGACAAACUUGUAAGUCAUUUAGUACAUUUUAAUAUUGUUCAGUAUUACAUAACUAAUGACUUUAUGUAAGCCUUGUUUUAUCAAAGAAAUUCUUACAUUUUGUGCCACUUGCAGCUUGACUGCCACCACUACGAAAUAUGAAUUUUGGACUGAAGUUACCAUUAAUAUAAAGUGUGAUUAUGGCUUAAUUUUAAUUUGUUAAACAUUUUUUGCAAAGUAAAAAGCUACCUACA